AUGACAAUAGAUAUGGGCAGUAAGUCUAUUGUGUCUGAAUUUGUUUUUCUGGGGCUCUGUAAAUCCUGGGAACUACAAAUGUUUUACUUUAUGGUGUUUUCAUUGUUUUAUGUGGCAAUAGUGGUGGGUAAUAGCCUCAUAAUCAACAUUCUAGCUGAUUCUCACCUAUACCCUCCUAUGUACUUUCUGCUUUCUAACCUCUCCAUCAUUGAUAUGUCCCUUGCUUCCUUUGCUACUCCCAAAAUGGUUACAGACUACCUAACAGGUCACAAAACCAUCUCUUUCAAUGGCUGUAUCACUCAGACGUUCUUGCUACAUCUUUUCACUGGUACUGAGAUUAUUUUGCUAAUGGUUAUGUCCUUGGAUAGAUAUAUUGCAAUUUGUAAGCCCCUUCGCUACACUUCAGUCAUUAGUGCCCAGGUGUGUGUUGUCCAUGUGGUGGCUUCCUGGGUUGUGGGAAUCAUGCAUUCAAUGAACCAGGUCAUACUUGCCCUCACAUUGCCGUUCUGUGGUCCGAACAAGAUAUUUUUUUUUUUUUUUUUUUUUUGCGACCUUCCUGUGGUGUUCCAGCUGGCCUGUGUGGAUACUUACAUUCUGGGGCUCUUUAUGAUCUUGACAAGUGGUAUAAUUGCGUUAUUGUGCUUUAUUCUCUUAUUUAACUUGUUAUUGUCCUUGUUCAAGCAUCAUUUAUUUGGAGGAUGAUCUAAGGCAUUUUCUACAUGUACAGCUCAUUUCAUUGUUGUCUUCAUGCUCUUUGGGCCAUGCAUCUUCAUCUAUAUGUUGCCACAAAACAGCUUUCUAAUAGAAAAGAUUCUGUUUUAUACCAUCUUUACUCCUAUUCUGAAUCCAAUAAUUUACACUUUGAAAAAUCAAGAAGUAAAGAAACUGAAGAAUGAGUUUCUAGUUCCAACAAGGCAAGUCCUCUUCAUUAUAUUCCAUUUCCUAGACAGUAAUUAUCACAGUUUUUCUGACACCUGA